ACUUCAAAAAACUUUUAUCAUAUAAAACCGAUUAUCGCUUCCUUAAACGCAUCAUACUUGCCCUCGCAUAUUUUUGGUGUAGGUUUUUCACUUUUCUUCCAUCAUGGAUAUGCCUGGAUACGUCAAGUCGUCAGAAAACCCUGAAGAGAGUUUGGUCUCCCUGGAUCUGUGUUUGUAUGACAGAACAUGGCCACAUGAUCCCAACGUUGCUUACAAUAAACCAACGUCCGAAGAAAAAAUGAACCUCGCGUGGAUGAGGACUAAGUCGAAUGAAGCAAGAAAACAAGAGGAGAGGUACAACGUCUCAACAGAACUAACUCUCCUCACCGUUGCCGAUCCAUGGACCUUGAAGAAGGUAAUGACCAAAUGCAGUCUUGGCCAUCUAAAACGUCUAGUUCUAAAGGAGAGCUUUGUACACAUCCACAUUCUGAGACAUCUCCCUGUGGAUGAUCAAAUGAAGGUCCAAAAAGGACCUGGAUUAACAGUCGACGUGUAUGAUCACGACACUGAUUCUACGCACAAGCUGCUUUUAAAGAAAUGGCCCAAGUGUCCAUGCUUUGUUCUCAUCAGCGGAUGGCAUACGUGCUUUGUCACCAAGAGAGGUUUGAAGAAAGGCGAUGUGAUUGGAAUGUAUUGGGAUCGUUCUGAAUCUAAGAUUCAUUUUUGUGUGCUUUCUCGUGCACCAAUGGAUUCAGCUCCUCUUCCUCCAAAUCCAUAGGACCAAACUAUGGAGGCAAUGUCUGCAGAGAGAUUCUUAUUUCUUAAUGUUAUCGUCAAACAAGUGAUUGGUGUUGUUUCGUCUUUUUGUUGUCUCGGUGUUAUGGUAUCAUGUGGUGUUUUCAUUGUAAGUAUAAGUGAUGUUGUUUUUUUAUGGUUUCAUGUGGUUUUUCUAUGUUUUAACUUUUAAUAAAGAAUCCUGCUUUUA